AUGGCACACGGCGCCAACGAGCAGGCGGUGAUGAGGCUGGUCUCCACGCUUCUGCUUCAACCGCAUGAAAAGACGACUAUCAUGCUUGCAGAAGAACUGGCAAAGCUACCUCGUGGCGAUUACAUGUGGAUGAACGUUCUCCUUCUUCAUGUAUACCAAUUGUUGAUGCAGUCCACGGCCGCCGCGGACACCAGACCUUCAACUGUCGAGCGCUUGGUGGUGGUAUUGGAGAAAGCACUGGUGAUCAGCAACAUCCAAGCCAUACAAGAGUCGCACACUCAGUGCUUCAAACUGCUCCAAUGUCUGUUGACAUUGCUACCGGCAGCUGCCACUGACGAUAUAGUGUCACGCUGUGGCGAUCACCUCACUGACGAAAGCCGUCUAGUCGUCCUCCACUGCCUCGAACUUCUCGUGACGGCGCCAUUUCCACUGCCGUUCCUCGCGUCGUCCGUCCCUUUUGCCGCGUUUAUCGUAUCGGUGCUGCUCUUUACUGCCCAGAAAGAUCCCAAUCGAACAUGCCGAGUCCACGCGUUGCGCACGCUGACGGCGACCAUCACUUCAAUCGACGACGCGGACGUCCUCACCCAAGUGUUUCCAGGCCUCAUGAGCGCGCUCUUUAUGAUCGUACAGGGCGACUACAAGCUCGGGUCAAGACUCCCCACACAGGCUAUUCGAUGCCUCACGACGUCCAUGAAGCUGGUGGUGGCCGACUCGCGGUGUUCGUCGCUCGUGACAUCGCCAGUCUACUCGCUGGCCUUUCUCGACCCAAACAUCUCUACUCCUUCAACCCUUUCGCCCACGACGAUAGCUCCAACAUCCUUCGCCGACCAAUCAAACGGCCUCGUCCCUCGAUCGCCGGCGUGGCUCCGCGGCACCCAGACCAAUCUCCACACCCUCAUCACGUACGUCUGCAGCCACCAGGUCCACCACUCCAACGCCGCCAUCCGCCAAGCGCUGGCUUCGUUCUGCGCGGAGCUGCUCGAACAUUGCCGUCUCACGCUCCCGUCGGCCUUUGUUCCAUGCUAUGAGACACUGCUCGCACUGUCGCAGGACCCCGUCGCAGCAGUCCACGCUGUCGCAUGGUCGGGCCUCGCCACAAUUCACGCAAACUUGUCUCCAUCAGAGCAAGUGCUUGUGCACACCAACGCCAGCGCCCAAUGCAUGGCGCACCUGGACGCGUUGAAGCUAAAGUGCGCGGCGGCGUCGCUCGACUUGGAGCGCGAGGCGGUUACGACGCUGCAAGUGUGCCUGGGCUACGUCACGUCGUCGCAGGCGAAAUGGGUGGUGGACGUGCGCCGGGUGCUCAAAGCGUGGACAAGGAUCUUGGCUGUGGAUGCAUUGGACGCCCAAGUGUUGGCGUACACAUCUCAUAAUACCAAGUGCAAAGUGGCGUACUAUCGCAAACGUUUCGAGCAUUUCCGAUCGGACGAGGCGGUGGCGGUGGCGCUGCGGGUCGUCCGGAGCUUUGCCGCGACGGAUGAUGGCCACCUGCUGGCGUACGUCGACGCUAUCGUCGCGCACGUGAGCGACUAUCCGGAGGAUUCGCUGGAAUGGCUGAUUGUGCUCAACCAACUGGUGCUGGGAGCCGCGCAGGUAGUGGAUGAUGAUGUUCCUUCCCCUGGCAUGGCCCAAAACGAGGGGCUGACUGUCCACGUUGGCGCGUAUCUCGUGGACGUGGUGCAGCAGUUGCCGUUGUGGUCGAGUAGCUACGACGAGAGCUUGAGCGUGGUCCUGGAAAUCGUCGGCUCGAUCGCCCAAGCCCUCGGCGUAGCCUUCCGGCCGCUGCUGAUGCAUGUGCUGUACCCCCUCGUGGAGCAGCUGGGGCGUCCGUCGCCCGUCGUCCAGCAGGCCGCGCUAGCCACCCUCGAGCGCAUCGCAUUCUUUUGCGACAGUCAGUCCGUGUCUGCGUUGUUGCAGGCCAACAUGGAUUACGUCGUGGAUAUGCUCGUGAGUCGCCUGACCCAGUUGGACGAGUACCCGCACACGCCGUUUGUGGUCCAAGGGCUGCUGCGACACGGGGGGAGCAGUGUCACAUCUCCCCCCCUGCCGCUCCUGGAGGAAGCGGUGGCCGGCGUCAUUCGCAGCGUCGACUUCCACGUGGCAACCCCCCAGCACGCCCUUGGCCUCCUGCGUGUCAUGAAGGUGGUCGUGUCCAACGAACCAAAGCAGAAACCACCAGCAGUAGAAACACAAGACAAACCAACGACGAGCUCGGCGUCUGGGCCACGAGUCACCACGUUUAUCCAGGACAUGAAUGCCCUCUUCCAGCUACCACCACCAUCCGAUGACCACACUGCCUUGCAUCCUACAGGCGAAACGGCAAAGUCGUCUACAAGCGACAACGGUAGUAGUGUACAUGGAGCGAUGCCGAUUGAACACGAUGAGCAUCAAGACGACGCUGCGGAUACCCCGCCCAAGGGCAUGGCCAAGCUCGUGGAAGACAUUGUGCUUCGAUCGACGUACUUUACCGCUGCCCCGGACACCGCCACCGCCUGCCUGGCGUGGCAAGUGCUCACGGAUGCCCUCGCCGCCGUCCGCCCGCAGCACCUUCGUCCGCUCGUGCACCGCAUCUGGCCACAACUGGCGCACCGGGUGGGCGACUCGAGCCACAAACCCAAACAUCUGGCCGCCGUCCAAUGUAUCAGCGCUGUCGCAGGGCUCUGUGGGGACUUUAUCUCAGACAAGUUUGUCGAGUCCGUCUGGCCCACCUUCCAAACCCACUUGGCUCAACACGCCGUGCCCGCGCAGUCGACCGCCGUGGUACUCGACAACGUUGUCACAUCUAGUACGACUACUACUAGUAGUACUAGUUCGUUGCAACGGCCGACGGCCCUGACCGACCAGAUCCACUUGCACAUGCUCGUGUGCCUCGAGCGCCUCUGUCGCGCCACCGACGCCGUGGCCUUCCUAGUCCCCGACAUGGCCACUGCCGCGCAAUCCUUCCUCGCGUCAUCCGCCCCGCCGCCGCUGCAAGAGCAGGCCGUCGCGCUGUUUCAAGCGCUGAUCCGCCUCAAUGCCGACUUGAUCUUCCCCCGAGUGGCGUAUAUGGCGUCGUUGCCACUCCCGCCGCCGCCGUCCGUCCACUUCCCCGCGUACGCACCGGACGCCCUCGAUCGGAUUCCGGACCGAGUGCCGCGUCCGGCUUUGUUUGCACAGAACGCCCGCAUCCUGGUGCAGCAGCUGCUGCGACCUCCUGCCACCGACUGACGAUUUGCUUUACAUAACAUGUCCUCCACUGUACGAUACGACGUAGUUAGUAUAUGUGUUGCCUUGUAACACUAUUAUUCGUUUAAUCCAUGUCUUCGCCUUGGGCCCCGGUAGACGCGGCACCCGCGCCGACCGCCGCCGCGAGCUCUUCUGCUUCUUGCUUGGCUUCCAACUCGGCGAGGAUGGCAUCGUCCUCUUCGGCCGCCGCUUCCGCCGCGUCGACAAUCGCGUCCACAUCCACCACGCGACUCGAGUCGCUCGACACGACCAGAGCCUUGCUGCCGCCCUCGGCAUUCCGAACAUGCGCCUUGACCGUCAGCUGGCCUUUGCGGGUCACAUUGAACGACACUUCGACCUCGGACUCGCCCUUGGGGGCCGGCGGGAUGCCGCUCAAAGUCAAGUUGGCCAGCAACGUGUUGUCCUUCUUUAGCACUCGCUGGCCUUCAUACACCUGCAGGUACACGGCAUCUUGGUUGUCAGCGUUCGUGGUAAACACUUCUUGAACGUUGGCGGGGAGGACCGUGCCGCGGUGGAUCAUCUCGUACACGGUGCCGUCCGCCAACCCAAGCGACAGCGUCAGGGGCACCGCCUCGACAUUGUUGUGGGGGUCGGUGGGGAGCGUCCAGUCGGCCGUCUCGGACAGCGUCGCACUUUCGACGGUCGCGCCGAACGCAACCGCCUCGUCGGGGGCGAUGGACACGAGGGCCUUCUUCCCGUCAAAGAAGUCUUCGACGGCGGAUUGCGCCUUGGGGAUGCGGGAGGACCCGCCCACGAGCAGCACAUGGUCGAUCGUGUCCUUGGCGUACCCUGCGCCGUCCAACAGCGCCGCGAUAUCCUUGGUCACCUUGCGGACGUGGUCGCUGACCAUGUCUUCAAAGCGGGAUCGAGACAGCUUAACGAUCAAGUCUUGGCCGUCGGCUAGCGAGUCCACUUCGAUAGUCACUUGGGACUGCGUGGACAGCGACUUCUUGGCUUGCUCGCUCGCCACCUUGACGCGGUGCAGCGCGCGAGUGUUGUCGGCGGCGAUUGUCACCUUCUUUUGGCGUUCGAACGCCUUGACGCAGUGCUCCACGAUCGAGUUGGUGAACACUUCGCCGCCCAACGCGUGGUCGCUCGCUGUCGCGAUCACGUUGAACAGGCCCUUGUCGAUGCUCAAGAGCGUCAAGUCCGUGGACGCCCCGCCAAUGUCGACCACCACGACCAACUUGGACUCGUUCUUCUUGUCUUCGUCCAAUCCGUACGCAAUGGCGGCGGCGAUGGGUUCACUGAUGUAGCGCAACACACUCAAGUCCGCGGCGGUCGCGGCUUCCUCCAACAGAGCCUUUUGCUCGUCGGAAUAGCCUUCCGGGACAGUCAGCACGGCGUUCUUCACGACCACACCCGUGUAGUCUUCGGCCAACGCCUUGAGUUUGCGCAGCACGAUCGUGCAAAAUUCCACCGACGAGAUGUCGCGGGAUCCGUCCAGAAUCUUGGCAAUGGGCGCGCCAUGCGUGUCCGCGGCCAAGUCGAAGCUCCAGUCCUUGACGUAGUCGUGCUCAUGAACCUCCUUGUGCUUCUUGCCGAGCACACGCUUCAAGUGGUACACCGUGUUGGCGGCGUUGUUGUGGAGUUUCGCGACCGCCGAGUCGCCCACCACGACGUCGUCGCUGGCGAAGGACACGAUGCACGGCGUGGUACGAAAGCCUUGGUCGUUCGCGAUGACGGACACCUUGCCGUUGGCCCACACACCCACGCACGCAUGCGUCGUGCCAAGAUCGAUCCCAAUGCUCGCCAUGAUGAAUUCGAGUGGUGAAGAGCGGAGGUUCAAAAAUACCUCAGUUCGUGUUACAGGCGAAGUUGGACACUUGAUAUUUG